AUGGCUGCUGCCAACGGGACUGAAGAUGCAAUGGCGGAAACAGGAGGAUUGGACAUUGAUCCUGAAGAAAUCCAAGAGAGAGGAAAACAAUUGUAUAAGCUCAUUAAAAAGGGGAAAGAUUUUGCAAAUAAUGGAAAAGACAACUUACGUAAUCUAUGUUGUCCAUGUACACCCUCCGUUAUAUUCGGCAGUAUUCUUGCAGCAUUAGGCGUUACGGCAGUUGUUGGUACAAUCACAGCCGUAGUUAUUGUCACCGGUCAAAAUGGUGCUGGAAAUUCUUCUAUGGAAUUGUCUACACCAUCAUUGGUGCCACAAUCAACCACAUCGAACGAAUUAUACACUUCCACGGAUCAUUCAACAAACUUACCGAGCUCAAAAGGCACCACAGCAGAAUUUCCAACCUCCCCGGUGCCAACUUCAUUGUCUCCAACAUCAGAACACGUACAGAUUUCCACUGUUGGGUCAACAAGUCAAUUAUCCAGCACUGCAGGUGGACCGUUAACAUCUUCCAUCUCGUCAACCAUACUAACCACAGAAUCUAUAUCAACCGAUAUUACCAUGGUAUCCACAUCAGGAACAACGAACAAUUUAGUUCAAACUAGUUCUACAGCCAGCGACGCCAGCAAUGAACCGACAACAAAAAACGCUUCACCAAUCUCUACAGCGGAAAUGAUAUCGACAUUGAUGACAGAGCAAAUAUCAACAAAACUGCCACCAUCCCAAACUACUGAGACGGAGAUACCUACUGAAAUGACGACAAUCACAUCCAAUUCACCUACAACCAGCAGAAGGCAUGGUUCAUCCCAUGCGGCUACGUCACCGCAACCCUUUACAACAUUCACUCCCUUUCGUCCAGCAACUAUUCCACAAACGACAACACAUUCCAUCACAACAGCAAAGGAGUAUACAACAUUCACUCCUUUUCUACCCGCCACAGUCCCACCGAUUACAACACCAUUCACAACUGAUAACUCAUGCUCUCCCACUUGUGACGGUGUUUGCUCGUUACAGAAUGUACUAUCGUGUCCAUGUUCUGGAGCGUCAUGUGAUUACGUUCCCAUUGGAUGUUUCGCUGAUACAAUAAACCGUGCAAUAGCCACACUUGAAGGGACCGAUUCACGUCUGGAUGGAGCAUACCGUUAUCGCACAAACCCUAUCGAGAAAUGUGCUGCCGUGGCUCGAGAUAAUGGUUAUGGAAUGUUUGCGAUACAAAAUGGAGGAUGGUGCGCAUCAAGUUGCACCGCUUGUCAAACGUAUGACAUAUACGGUCCGUCGGCCGCUUGUACUGGGAGUGGGAAGGGUGGUUCAUUCGCCAAUGAUGUUUAUAUUUUUGUUGAUCCCUAA